UCAGUUUUACAGCAAUGCCCAAGGCGCGUGUGUCGGUCGCUCUAGUUGGGGCACUUUGUGCCAUUUUUGGCACAGCUUCGGGAUUUUUAGCCACGCCCCUGAAUGCCAGUGACCCGGAUCUGGUGCAUAUUCUGUGUCCGGACGAAACCAAAGGAAUCACCAGGGACCACAAAUGGAUCACGAGAGAAGCCAUCCGGCGGAACCUUCGCCAGUUCUUCAUCGACUACCCGCCGGCGGAUAAACCGGAAUUCGUCGUUCCGGAAUCGGCCUCCUUAACCGAACUCUACCACGCAUACUACGGUUCUUCGGCUAGUCCGGCCAGGUUCAUCCGGGCGGUCAACACCAUAGCGGAGUCGAACGUCCAUGCGGAUUCGUCCACAACUCUGAGAUAUAAUCCCAGCAUUCAGGCGGAUGCUGAAAUCUUCGACGAAUAUUCGUACUCUAUGUCAGAUCGAUAUCCACAGAUUUUAACAGCAAUCCUGGUCGACGAGGCCUUCCCAGCUGCCCGCUCCCUCCUGGGCGUCACCCUCCACUCGCUCCAGAAAUUCUACGCCCACUCCACCUGGGUAGAGCAGGGAAACACCGACAUCGUUCCAGAUCUGGGGCUUCCAGGAUUCUCUGGAUUUGACGAUCCUGCUCAGCCUGAUGAGGACGUCUGCACGCCUUGUCCUUCUGCUCAAGGGGAGUGCAGAGGCAACGUUUUAUCAGGAGCUGGUCUCACCACCGGAUACUAUACUUAUGUGGAUGCGCUGGCCACAGAUUACUUGGUGCCCAAACCAACUACAGGAGGCAAAUGCAGCCACGGUGGUGUCCUUGACGACACAGCAGGGGAAGCUCCCGUAGGAGGCAUCAACAAGGACACGGCUUCGCCCUGUUUCUCGCCUCACUAUUACCUACACAACGAGGCUGCGGAAUUAGCUGUCAAGGCAACCGACCAUUACCUCAAAGUCAUCCUGGAUGCCGUCGACGUCGACCUGUACCGGAAACUCUUCGACCUCUACCACGGGUCGGCUCUUUCCAUCGUCAUGGACACCACAGGUUCCAUGGGCGAUGAGAUGAAUGCAGUCAAGAAGCAAGUCCACCAGAUAGUGGAAAGCGCCUCUGCCAGUCUCUACGUCUUGGUACCUUUUAAUGACCCAGCGGUCGGGCCAGUCACGAAGACAGACGACGCAAAGGCAUUCUUGGCUGCCGUGGAUGCCCUGUAUCCCCACGGAGGAGGAAGUGACUACAGUGAGAUGUUCUGGAGUGGAGUACAGCUAGCGCUUACUAAUACUCCGGAAUACGGAACCAUAUUCUGUUUCACCGAUGCCACAGGCAAGGACGGUGAACUGAUGGAUGGCGACAUCGCCAUGGCUCAAGAGAAGAACACGAAGGUAACUGUGGUGUUCAGCAUCAAUAAUAACGAGGUGAGCAACAAAGUGACAUCCAUUGAAGAUUUUCACACUCUUUGUGAUUUAACCGGAGGUCUUUUCAUCCCGAUGGAGAAAUUCGACAUUGAGGAGAUAACUCCACUUCUCGACGACAGCGUUGAAAGCUCAGAGGUUGACAUCAACAUCAUGAAGGAGAUUUCGUCUGCCAAAAGCAUCAACAUCCCCAUUGACGACUCCAUAUUCGAUUUCAAGAUCCAGGUCGUGGGUCAGCCCUCCUCCUGCGUCCUGCGAGAUCGCUCCGGCAAAGAAUACGACAUCAUGGACGAGGCAGCAAUGAGAGCGGAACCGAACGUGGAAGUCAUCUCGUAUUCCAGCACCAUCCGCGCGCUGCGCUGGAACAGCCCAGUGGCCGGCGCAUGGAACCUGGACCUGGAACCACUGACUGAGACUCUGAGCGUCGACAUCCAAGGCAAUUCAACCCUCAGCUGGCUAGGAGGGUUCGCCCUUCUGGAUCCUUCGCCCCCUCAUCCUCAUUAUAUGGACGUCGAAGGGCGUCCUCUCAUGGACACUAUUUACUAUAUCGACGUCAACCUGGUUGGAUACAUUGAAAGUAAAGUGAAAGACAUCGAUCGUAUUGACUAUGUCAGUAUAAAAGGUGACGUUUUGAGAACGAUCGACUAUUCUGGUGAGAUCGAUGACGAAUUCUACGUCAGGAGCGAACCUCUCCCUGAGGAACCCUUCUACGUCCUCCUGCAUGGACACGUCAUCUCAGGCAACGCAUUCUGCCGCUUAAUGUCUGUGUUGAUAACUCCUGUCCAGGCCAGCGUAGAAGUGGCUUCAACGACCAAGGAGCUCUCGGCCAGACCAGGCGACAAGGCCACAGGGAAAUUCAUCGUCACCAACUACGGUUUAGAGUCGGACUUCACAAUCACCGCCACCGAUGACAAGCACUUCAUUACAUCUGUUACGCCUAGCGUACACAUCACGCAAAAUUCUUCAGCGUACGUCACUGUCGGGUUUUCGGUGCCGACGUCAGCCACCCCUGGCACUGUGAGCACAGUGACCGUGACAGCAGCGUCCGUCAAACAGACUCAGUCAGUGAACAGCGCAGUCACGCAGUUUGUAGUCUUACCACUUGAAGAAGAUCACGACAAGCCGACCUGUGUAGUAAAUGAUGCUCCGUCUUGCGAGGGCUUCGAAUUCAUGGGUAUCUGUCACACUAAAAACUGGACAGCUUCUGCCACUCUCCAAGACAGUGGCUCUGGGAUGCAGAAGGUCUACCCGAAGCCGGACGGUUUCUCGUCUCUCGUCGACGACUUCACCCGCGGGUCGACGGAUCCGAUCAGGGCGUCUUUCGUCGCCUCCUGCUGCCUUCUCCAGGCGGACAUCAUCGGCGUCGACGUCGUCGGCAACGUCGGCAAAUGCCAGAUAGACAUGGGCGUUCUGGGAGGCGUGAUAUACGACUUCCAAGUCAUCGAAGUUGGAAUCACUUGGGCGUACUUGAGAUGGAGCCUCACUCCUAACGCCAUCGAGGUCCACAAAUACACUCUGGUUGAUAACGACGACUAUACCUGGGAGUUCCCGUGCAAGACGGAGACCUGCUACCGUAACGUAACGGACCUCGAACCCUGCCUUCUGCAAAACUUCAAACUGUCGCCCGUCUUCACCGUCGACGGAAAUGACAUCAGGGGAGGAAACGCUUACGCCUCGGCCACAACUUUGUCUCGAGCUCCUGGAUCCCCUUUUGUUUGUUCCAGGUUGUGCCUAAACCCGUCGGGUUUCUUCGACCCCGUUCGAUGCAACAUGACGGAGAAGACGUCGUUCAAAUUUGAGAAUGUUGAGGCCUGCGCCAAAUACGAGGUCCAGAUUACCCCUAUUGACUUGGAGGGGACCCUUGGUAGGAAAGUCGUGACCGUCGAUAUCCACACUAAGGGAAGGAUGAUUAAACUAGGCACUCUCACUUCAGUGCCAGGGAAGCCGGUCAACCUUCAGGUGAAGAUGGAAACCUACGAUUCGGCAACCCUUACUUGGUGGGACCCGAUGGAUCACGCCCUGUGUGUAGAGACAUACGUCGUGACUACCGAGAUCGUCAGCGGCGUCAGUUCUCAGGAAGUAUCGCACAGGACCUACAGAUCAGGAGCAAACGCAGGUAUCACCCCACAGCAGCAUUUCUUCCAGGAAAAGCCUCUGAAAGGAUGUACCAACUACACCUUCAAGGUGUACCCCAGGGGUUUCUCUGGCACCAUGGGUCCCUAUGCCAGAGAGGACAGAGAGACGCUGGAGACAGAUCCCAUACCUGCUAGAGUUUUCAUGUCAUUGGAGACCCCCUUGGCCAGGUUAUGGCACAAGGCCUUAAGAGCACCGGGCGCACCGAAGAACCUAACAAUAGGACAAAUAACACCCCAUUCUAUAUCAAUUCUGUACGACGACCCAGCAGAGAAUCCACAGUGCGCCGCACAUAUCGGUCUAGAUAUCGCAAAAGCCAGUGGGGAAGAUAAGCAAUUACUCUCCUCGACAUCUCUAGUGAAGGGCCACAUCAAAGAGCACACUUUCAACAAACUGGACGCCUGCACAAAAUACGUCAUAAAAAUCAUGGCUUCGUCUCCUGAAGGAUUAGCUAGUGAGUGGGACAGCAUCGAGGCUUCGACUGAUGUGGAAGUCAGCGGUCCCGCUCAGAACUUGAGGGUUGACGGGAAGACCACAACUUCCAUCAACUUGAAGUGGUUCGAACCGGAGGCUAAUGGGCGCUGUGUCAUCAAAUAUUCCCUUUCCUGGGAGGGUGGUUCGAUAGAGAUUGAGUCACCGACUCCAGGAGGUUCUUUGCCCCAUGAACUGGAACAGCUGGUAGAUGGUUUAAAUUCUUGCACAGAAUACACUUUCGAACUGACCCCUUCAAUAGUUCACGAUAUUGAGGGUCCUACUGUUACUUUAAUUGAUAAAACAGUCUGUUGAGGUGUAAUGUGUGAUAAAUUUUCAUAAUUUUUAUUUUUUGGUUAUCCUUGAGGUUAUUUUUGGGGGGGUAGAAAAAGUGGUAUAGUAAGCGUGUAGUUUUAUGUUGUGAAAGGAAAAUAAAAUUCUUAACUGAACAUUCUCAUUCACUCACUUUUAACCAACAUAUAUAUGUUUGGCAUCCAGUAUACUUGCUCUGUAAGAAGUACCCUGGAAAUUUGUGAAGUAUACAUUUUCUAUAUUUUAUGAUUUAAUUGAGAUUAUGAAUUCCGAUAUGUAUGUUAUAUUCAAGAUUUCCAUAGAAGAGAUGUGUAUGUAAUAUCAUAAAUAACACAUCGGUUUAAAAAGUUAGACUAUGUAAUUUAUUUAUCUUAAGCACUUUCUUGCUUCAUCUUUUUCUGCCAGAAUAAAAUAAAAAAAUAUAUAAAGUAUGGGAAAUAUUUUCCCUUAAGUUUGUGAAGCUACCUAGGUGGAACAUUUCUAGUUGCUAGAUGAUAGAUAGAGAUUCUCAGGUUCCAAAGUAUUUUGUUAAUACCAUCGACCUGAAUCUGUGAUUUGUAAGCAACCCAUACCACAAACUCUACUGAAUAUGGGUACAUUUUCUCAGUUCUGCCUUUUCCCCAAAACAUAUCGUCUUAAUAAUUUACGAGAUCUUUACACAUUACUCGUGAGACUUUUCUAAAAUAACUUCAGAUGGCGAUGACAAUAAUAAAAAGCGAUUUUUCUACUCAGUUCAAUGUAUUGUUUCUCUUUAUUGUCCUUUUAUGAGAAGCCACUUUGGCAAGGUUUUGAAAUUGGCUCUUUGUGUAUUUGUUUUAUGGGUUAAUUAUAUAUUGCUAGAGUGAUGAUUUUCUGACACCCCUCUAAAUUUAUGUCUCUUAAGGUGACGUUCUUAACAAUCCUCUGUGAGUAAUUGCCUCGACCACAGACCUUAGCUUUUUUUCUUGAGUUUCUCUCUAACUGCAUUUUUUUCUUGAGUUUCUCUCUAACUGCAUUAAGUCUCAUUUUCUUUGUUAUUCGGACGCUUAGAUACUGUGAUGAUAAUGAUGAGUUCUCUUUGAACGAUUGAAAGUUCAGGCUGGUCAGUGACCAGGGCUAAUUCAGGUGUUCAGGGAGUGUAUUGCAAUCUGAAAUUUAAACCAAAUGUCCACCUGGCAGUGGCUCACAAUUUGACAACGGAAAUGGUUUGUUACACCUCCUAUAACAAUGUAGUUGAAGGUACUUUAGAUCUCCUGCAAAUCCUGAACCGAACUGGUCAUCAGGCUGGCUUCAUGUAAGAAUGGACCAAUGGUGUCCGUUACACAUUUUUAGCUGCCUACAGUCUGAAAGAAAAAAAAGACAGUUAUUCAUAAAUUAUGAUGAAUGUACCAGUGAAAAACACCUUCAACAGCGUGUAUACUUUGAAAUAUAAGUCAUUUUGAUGUACAAAAUAUUUCAUAUUUUCCCAUGGCAACAGGAAAGAUGAAAUUAUUUUAUUUUGCCUUCCUACUCUUGGUAUCUGUUACUGUCAUAGACAUUUAGUUAUAUCUUUGAUAUGUUUUGAAACAAUGCUAAAAAUAUAUUCUACCACAUUUUGUU